UAAAUAUGAAACUGGUUUGACCACUUUUAUUCCCACUUAUGAUCAGUCAUCUGCCAGCAUCGCUCGAGCUGCAGUGCAAUAAGUGAUAUCACAAGCAAAAUGUAUUAUAACUUUACAAAAGCUUCCCAGUUUCGAGUUACAACGAGGUGGAAUAUUCACCGAACUGUGGCUUCAUUAAAUGCUUUUGUAAAAUCUGAAUUAACAGCGAUAACAAAAGCUGGUACUUGGAAAAACGAACACGUAAUUGCGUCACCUCAACAAACAAAGAUUACUUUAUCGAAUGGCAAGAAAGUUAUUAAUUUUUGUGCUAAUAACUAUUUGGGUUUAGCGAACAACGAAAAUAUUAUUAAUGCAGCAAAAGUUGCACUGGAUAAAUAUGGAGCUGGUUUGAGUUCUGUGAGAUUUAUAUGUGGGACACAAGAAAUACAUGUUGAAUUAGAGAAAAAAAUCGCCGCAUUUCACGGCAGGGAAGAUGCUAUACUUUAUGCAUCUUGUUUCGAUGCAAAUGCUGGGAUUUUUGAAGCUUUAUUGACUUCUGAUGAUACAAUUUUAAGCGACGAAUUAAAUCACGCAUCUAUCAUUGAUGGUAUUCGACUGUGUAAGGCGAAGAAGUAUAGGUAUAAACAUAGAAAUAUGGCGGAUUUAGAAUAUAAGCUUCAGGAAAGCAAAUCAGCACAUUUACGUCUUAUUGUAAGCGAUGGGGUAUUUUCCAUGGAUGGUACUAUUGCACCAUUGCCUGAUAUAAUUGAACUUGCCGAAAAAUAUGAUGCUAUUACGUUCAUAGAUGAUUGUCACGCUACUGGAAUUUUUGGUAAAACUGGCAGAGGUACAGAAGAGUAUUAUAAUCGUCUUGGUAGUAUUGACAUUAUUAAUUCAACGUUAGGAAAGGCUCUUGGUGGUGCAGCAGGUGGUUAUACUACUACUAAAAAAGAUAUUGUCAGUUUGUUAAGACAAAGAAGUAGACCAUAUUUAUUCUCCAAUUCAUUACCUCCACCUGUAGUCGCUUCGGCGAGUAAGGUUAUGGAUCUUAUAAUGGACAAUGCAACAUACUUAAAUCGUUUAGCAGACAAUACCAAAUAUUUCAGAAAUGCUUUGACCAAAGCUGGUUUCAUUAUAAGUGGUGAUAAUCAUCCUAUUUGUCCUGUUAUAUUAGGCGAUGCGAAAUUAGCAACAAAAUUUGCAGAUAAAAUGAUUGGAAAAGGUAUUUACGUCGUUGGAUUCAGCUAUCCUGUGGUACCAAAAGAUAAAGCAAGAAUACGUGUCCAAAUUAGUGCAUCACACACAACAGAAGAUAUAGACUAUGCCGUAAAUGCCUUUAUACAGAUUGGAAAAGAAUUGGCAGUAAUUCAAUGAACAUUUAUUUCUUAUGUUAAAUAAUAAAUAAUGUUAAGUAACAAAUAAAAAAAAUAAAUACUAAUAUGAAUACUAACAAAUAUUAAUAUAAGAGAUAUUGUGGCCAUUGAUUUUAAAGGUUAUAUUAACAAAUACUAACAUAGAAAGAGAUAUAUUAUGAGCUAGCCAUUGAUUUUUGAUAACUUUCACGUAGGAAAUUAAUACAAAAAAUAUAUCGAAAC